CCCUUGAUCAUAAUCGCCAUGUUGCUGUGUUUGGAAAAGUAGAAGAACAAUCGAAGUGUAACUUUUUGGACCCCGUGUGAUGGCCAAUCAAUACCUCAUUUAAGGAAAGUCACUUUAAAAUGAUUGAUAAAAUCGGUUGGAAUUGGUGAGGGAAUUAUGCUCUCGAGGCAAAACAGCUCGCGCCCAUAUACUAGUGGAAGCUUUCGAACGAAGCUCGAACUCUUUGACAAAUUUAUCAAAGAGUUUACGUACGUUGACGAGGAAUUGAAUCCCGAAGAACGAAGGCAAAUACUCCAGGAUCGUCUAACUAACGGAUAUGAACCAUUUUGCGAAGCUAUACGGAAUUUAUUCGGAAACGACGUUAGUACACAAGAUUUGAAGGCUUUAUUUAGGAAAAUCGCACUAAAUCCUGACGCUAAAGUUGAUUGGAGCGAGCUUUUUGGGAUUGGUGGUCCUACUGAUGAGGUACCAGACCUGCUGCUUAAUGAGGACACUUCUUCUGUCCUCACCACCAGCAAGCGCAAGACUGUGGCAGAGGCAGGAGGAGAUAAGAAAAGACGUGAUAUUGUGCAGUCAAUUUUGCAUGUCCCAAAGUAUGACUUCUACAUCACAGCAUCCCAGAAAGGAAUUAUUUGCCAAUGGUCUAAUAAGUUUCGACUGCAAGCCUGUACCGAUAUUAUGGAGUCUUCAUGGGUGACUGGGUGUGGAUUUCUUCCAAGUCUUCGUAGGAUAGUAGCAACAUCUGAAAGAGCGAUUGCCUUAUGGGACUAUAGGGCCAAGCGAAAACAAUCAACAAUUUAUCAAAUUAAACCCAUGGAGAACUCUCCUCAGUGUAUGACAUACAUUCCAUGGAAGGCAAACUCCAUGAAUGAAGACACCAUUCUAUUUGGAGAUGAUCAAGGUUAUGUGAAUAUACUGACCAUUUCCUCAAAGGACUUACACAUGAAAAACUCAUCUGCAAAAGGGGAUUCUGCUGUUGUCACUAUUGAGCCAAAUAAGCUUAGUAGUGAAAUAAAGAGAAGAAAGUUCUUUGAUGACUGGGUGCUAAAGAUCAAGUACUUCCCUCAAUUAGAGAUGUUCGGAUGUUGCUCCCCUGGUAGUUCCUGUUCAUUUAUACUUGGUGGUGUGGAUAGGGUACUCAACAAUGGGCCCGUACGAGAACUUGGUGUACCCAAAGGUGUCAACUGCUUUGAUUACUGUACUAGAGCAAACGUCAUUGUUACUGCAGGCGCAGAUAAGAUCGUUCGUAUCUGGCACCCCCUGAUAUUCACUAGACCUACAGGCAAGCUACUAGGCCACCUCUUCACCAUCGUGGAGAUUGCCGUGAAUGAAAAGGAUCAGCAAUUAAUCAGCUUGUCAACGGCCAGGGUUUUUCGCGUCUGGGAUCUACAGACUCUGACUUGUCUGCAGGUGUUUACAGAUAAUGAGGAAAGACCCGGAGAAAAGCGUAUAUCGGCUAUGUUGUUUGACGCCAAACACGAUAGGCUUAUUACAGGGUGCAGUGUGAUUGACACAUGGCCAUUAACCAGGGCAAUACAAGAUUCACUUCAAGUUCCGCAUACCCAUGAUAGACCUAUAUCUCAGUUGCUGUACAACCCCCAAAUGAACCAGGUGAUCAGCGUGUGCACAGAGGGGGUGAUGAAGGUGUGGGAGAUGGAGACAGGCCAGAUGGUCUACCAAGUUACUGAUGCGCACGGCACAUCCAAUGAGGUCACUGCCAUGAAUGUGGAUAACACAGGAUAUAGACUGAUAACAGGAGCUUAUGAUGGUUCCAUCAAAGCCUGGGAUUUUGGGAGUGGGCAGCUUUACAAGAAGUACCCAGACGAGCCUGCGAAGAAAAGACAGGAGAACACCAUCACGGGUCUAGUGUAUCAUACGGUGGACAACAAGCGAUGCGUGCUGGUCUCUUCUUGGGGCCAAGGGAUCACACUUUUAGAGGACUGUUAUGACCUUCCGAUGUUCAGUGAACUGCGGGUUUUCAGCGACUUGUAUAUACCCCAAUCUCCAGCUAGCGAACCAGAAGGUGCAACACCUUUUAUCUCUCGAGUAACUUUACCAGACAUUAACCAGAAAUCCAGUACGCCUGUGGCGACUCACGCGCUGUCCACGUGCGAGGUCACGUGCAUGGAGGAGUUUGGUGAUUCUGCGCUGUUUGCUGGGACGAGCGAUGGCAACAUUAUCAUGUGGAACUUGCAGACAGAGAAGAUUAUAACCAGGUUUGAUUUGCCCCCGCUCAGCAGAAGCUCUCGUAGCGGGCGCUCCAAAAGACAGCGUCAGGAUGAACGCCUUGUCCACGCUUGCCGAGUGAUGGUACAUAGAGUCAGAAGACCGAUCAUCUACGGCGAAACCAAGCAUGCCAUCCACACACUUCUAGAGGAAUCAGAAGCAGAUGAGACAGAGGAGAAUGACGCUGCCAUAGAGGUGUCCGCAUCAGAUGAGUUGAAAGAGAACGGCGAUAAGGCUGACAAAAAUAACGGCGAUGAUGAGAACAGGGACGAAAGCGACUCUAGUGACACUAACAAAGACGUGGAGAUGAAGGAGGAAGGGUUUGAGAAAGGGGUGGAAGGGGAGAAGGAGGGGGAUGAAGAUGGGAGUGGCAUGGAGGAAGGGGGACAGCCUGAGGAUGAGGACUCCCCCUUUAUUAGGAUCAGUGACCCUGCUCUGGUGUCUGCCCAUCAUGAUGGAUAUUUGCGGUUUUGGACAUUAUCGGGACGACUGCUGACCGAGAUACGCGCGGUCACACGCCGACAGGCCUCGGCUGUGACGUCACUCUGCACGGAUGCCGACUGCCGUCACGUGAUCAGUGGUGAUGCAAAGGGUUACGUGACGGUUUGGGACGUAGGAAGCUUUCUCUUGGACCCUCCCAAAGACAAGCCCCCACCUGACGAUGAGAUGACCGAGAAAAAGAAAGAACCCAAGAAUGUGAUCAAACAAGUCGUGUGUUGGCGCGCGCAUCUCACCCGCGUGGUAGGCGUGGAGCACGUUGAUAGCGCGGAUGCCGUGGUCACUUCCUCCACUGAUCUGUCUGUAAGGGUGUGGUACCGAGACACGGGCCACUUCAUCGGGUUUUUCGGUCAGCCCCGCCUGUGGCACCUGCCGAGCGCCAAGUCCGUGCCCUCGACCCCAGUCCGACCUUAUGACAUCACCGAGUCGCCUAUCAAAGCCUUGAAGAACCUCGCCAGUAAAUCCAAGCACAAGCCGGAGAGCACUGUGGACUGCCCUCUGAUGUUUGACGAUAACAGAUGGCAUCCAUUUCGACACUCUGCCCAACAAGAGACGAAGCCCAAACCGGGGAACAUGAAAUUCUUCGAUUCACUCUCCAAGCCCAAGCAUUAUAACAGUCAUCUUCAGAGCUCACGGACGGGUUCUCCGGAGACAGGUGCGGUGUUCCGAGCAUUGCCUGUCUACAGGGUUGAUUCUCCUGAGCGUCUGACUACACCUGCUGUUGCACACCAAUCUUCGUGGCUUACAAACCAUCAGAGCGGGGCACAGGUUAAGGCACAAGGCAAGACAAACUACACGUAUAGAUCAAGCCCACCCACAAAGGAGCACAUAGUGUCCAGGUUCCCGCAUCUUGUCCAGGCGAACAAGAGAUAACAACACGAUAAGCUGGUUACCAUGGAAAACAGUCCGUAGUAACCAGCCAUAAUUGACAGGUCGCCUGGCAACCACUGGGUAUCUAGGUAAACAGUUUAAAAUAGGUUGAAACUAACCAGAGUGUGUAUUUUAUUGUAUUAUAGCAUGUAAAUUAUAGCUAAACAUCAAAAUUUUAAUAUUUUGUAAAAUAUAUAAAGAUAUAAAUAGUGCUGUUCAUAAAAA